CCGGGCACCUUCUUCCGUUCCGACGGAUGCAAGCAACACAUGCUCACCCACCAAGAGGACAGGCCCAAGCCAUACAUGUGCUCCCACUGCGGCAAAUUCUUCUCCAAUGCCACGGCGGUCGCCGCCCACGAGCGAGCAGCCGUUUCCGUGCUGUGAGAAGACGUUUGCGACCGCCGGUAUGACGAAGGCGCACACCCUGUGUCACCUGACUGAGCAACCUCACCCGUGUCCCCAGUGUGACAAUUUCUUCAGAACAGUGUAUGAUCUGAGUCAUCAGCUGGUGACAAGGCCCUUCCUGUGUGAGAAGUGUCCCAAGGCCUUCAGGACAGCCAGGAUUCUGCAUAACCACAAGGUCCACAACAUGGAGGACAGUGACCACGCCUUUGAGGACUGCAACAAGACACCCCAUCACCUGAAGCUCCGCUCAGACGACACGCCCUCCUUCUGUCCCGACCGUGGCAAGGGAUUCCUCUGGCCCGACCGCCUCCACCGCCGUACCCACGUUACAGAGCCCAAGUCCGGGAAGAUCCAUGUGCCUGCGGGCGUUCACCUGGGAGUGACACCUUAAUGUUGAGCACGGCAUCGAACCGUCCACAUUUACAUUACAUUACAUUUAAGUCAUUUAGCAGACGCUCUUAUCCAGAGCGACUUACAAAUUGGUGCAUUCACCUUAUGACAUCCAGUGGAACAGUCACUUUACAAUAGU